AUGGUUUCAUUCAAGUCGCUUCUUCUCGCUCUGACCGCUGCCACUGGCGUACUUUCCGCUCCUUUUGACUUUCUCCACGAGCGGGAUGACGGCAACUCGACCGAAGUUCUUGAGAAGCGCCAGACUACUGCCAACUCGGAGGGCUACCACAAUGGCUACUUUUAUUCUUGGUGGUCCGAUGGUGGUGGCCAAGCCACGUUCACAAUGGGCGAGGGUAGCCGCUACUCUGUGAACUGGAGGAACACUGGCAACUUCGUUGGUGGCAAGGGAUGGAACCCAGGCACUGGCCGCACCAUCAACUACGGCGGCUCCUUCAACCCUAGCGGUAACGGGUACCUCGCUGUCUACGGCUGGACUCGCAACCCUCUGGUUGAAUACUACGUCAUUGAGUCCUAUGGUACCUACAACCCAAGCAGCGGCGCCCAGUACAAGGGCAGCGUCACGACCGAUGGCGGUACCUACAACAUCUACGUUUCGACUCGGACCAAUCAACCUUCCAUCGACGGCACAAGGACCUUUCAGCAGUAUUGGUCUGUCCGUACUUCCAAGCGUGUUGGUGGUAGCGUGACCAUGUCGAAUCACUUCAAUGCUUGGGCUCGCAAUGGACUCAACCUUGGCCAGCAUUACUACCAGAUUGUGGCUACUGAGGGUUACCAAAGCAGUGGUUCCUCUGAUAUCUAUGUACAGACCAGCUGGUGA